GGUGAUCAACUCACGGAUAUAUCAACACUACGCUCAUCUUCUUUGUGGGCAUACAUGACCUAAUCAUUUGUCAUGUAUGAACAACUUUCUAUGAAGUGUGAAGCUCUGCAUCACUUCAGAAGACGAGACAUGGAGAGCUUCACAGACUGGGCAUAGAAAGAGGAUGACCUGAGCUGUCCUUAGAUACAAUUGUACUCUGCGUCCUGCAUCCGGUUAAUAUGAAACACAAAAUGGACACUUGUUCCAGAGAGCGUUCCCAUGGCCGGGAGUCCCACGGAGGGAGCCUCCGUAGCCUCAGCUCAGGACCCGCUUCGCCGCCCGCCCCGGGGCUGGGCACCUCCCCCCAGAGCACGGACCCUGAACCCCGCCCGGCCACCCCUCCCUGGAGCCCAGACCUGGGCCCCCCGCCCGCCCCCACCCACUGCUGCAUGAGCGGCUGUCACAACUGCGUGUGGAUCGAGCAUGCGGAGCGCCUGCUGGCCUUCUACCAGGACGGCGGGGACCGGGCGCUGGAGGCCAUCGAGGAGAACGUGGAGGACGAGAACCUCAAGGCGUACCUGAAGAUGGAGAUCAGGCUGCUGAAGAAGCAGUGACGGACGAUGGGACUGGGCGGCCGAAUGGGCAGCCGAACCCUUGAUGUGGGAGGAUUUAGAGCAUGGAGGGUUUUUAUGGUCGUACUUUGAAUGCACUUUAAAUGUCUUAUUUUAUUAAUAUAUUUUAAUCUUGUGUGAACUUGGUCGGUUUAUUUUCUUAUUUGAAUCAAGGAUUGUGUGAACAGUACACCUGGGUGUGAGAGCAGUCGCCUAUAGAAAUGCAUAGAUGCUAUGAUGUGUCCAAGACUAUUGCUUCUGUUCCAAAUGUGUUUAUCCCGCCUAGCUCUCCACAGACCAGUGUUGGGUUGAGUCGUCCAGCGUCUCACAACCCCCCAGAGGGAUGGCUGCAUUAUGUUCCAUAUUGCAGGCGUCUCUUCAUGUCUCUUCAUGUCUCUUCAACUGCCAACCCCAAUGGCUCCUGGUUAUCUGUAACCGAAGGCCUUGAACUUCACAUUUUUAGACCUUUACAUUUCUAUUGAAUUAAGUGCAUUCAUUAGUUAUCUAUUGCCCUCAUGGUUCCAUCGUGAGUUACAUUUAAUAAUUGCCCGUUUAUUUUAUUAUUUUUUUAUUUAUCUAUUAAAUUAUUUGAUAUUAUUUUAUUUGACGUGUUAGUCAUUCUGCUUUAAUCAUACUUUAUAUGCUGCAUAAGGGGAUGUCCUGGGGACCACCCAAAGAGGAGGAACGAUCAGCAUCAUUCAAAAUGUAUACAAACCAUAAGAGAGACGGAGUCUGCCUCUGGCAAAUGUGGAUUGAUUAAUAGAUCCGUCUGCAGCUAGAUCCUGUGGUUUCAGACGCGGGAUUACCCAGAACCACCUGGGGUCGGGCGCCGGGGGCGGCCUCCUGGACCACGCCGCUCCUGAUCUUGUUGCAUUUGAGUCAGCAGUCCUGUGACAGCAGCAGUAGGCCGUGUUAUUCCGUAUAAUCCCGAGGCGGUGGUCAUGGUCGCCCGUCCACUAAGGACUGCAGGUAUUCUUUGAUUUGGUUGGUCCUGCAGUUUGAAAAUAUGACGCCAGGGUUCAAAGCACAUUGAAGACAUGCAUGGCUCUCAUCUAUAGUGCUAAGAGAUGAGUGGAGCACAUUUUGUUAUUGUGGGAAUUGGAAGCGAGUGACUUCUGAACAUUUUUACUUAGCCAUCGUAUGCUUGUUGGCUCCUUUGCCAAAAAACGAAAUGCCUUUGCCAUCCAUUUUCUGAAAAUCCCAUUUGUAAAUUUCCAUUUACAACUCUAGAGAGCUUAUACCAA